AAAAAGCAGUUAAAUACAUGUUGUUUUUUGGUUUUGUUUUUUUUUUUAACAGUUGAUGAAUCUGAACUUCUCACCGUCCCAGAUGGAUGGAAAGAGCCAGCCUUUACGAGAGAAGAUAAUCCUAGAGGGCUUCUGGAAGAAAGCAGUUUUGCGACAUUGUUCCCAAAGUAUAGAGAAGCAUACUUGAAAGAGUGCUGGCCACUAGUACAGAAAGCCUUGAGUGAACAUUAUGUGAAUGCGACACUGGAUCUAAUUGAAGGUAGCAUGACUGUCACCACCACUAAGAAGACUUUUGAUCCAUAUGCAAUCAUCAGGGCUAGAGAUUUAAUAAAACUUCUAGCAAGAAGUGUUCCAUUUGAACAGGCAGUUCGUAUCCUUCAGGAUGAUGUUGCAUGUGAUAUCAUUAAAAUAGGAUCUCUAGUGAGGAACAGAGAAAGUUUUAUAAAAAGAAGAGGACGACUUCUUGGGCCAAAAGGAUCUACCCUGAAGGCCCUGGAACUGUUAACAAACUGUUACAUUAUGGUGCAAGGAAACACUGUUUCAGCCCUUGGACCUUUCAGUGGGCUAAAAGAGGUUAGAAAAGUUGUUUUGGACACAAUGAAGAAUAUACAUCCCAUAUAUAACAUUAAAACUUUAAUGAUCAAAAGGGAAUUAUCAAAAGAUCCUGAACUGAGAUCACAAAGUUGGGAAAGAUUUUUGCCUAAGUUCAAGCGGAAGAACUUGAAAAAACGCAAGGAGCCAAAGAAGAAAAAUGUUAAAAAGGAGUACACACCAUUCCCGCCUCCACAGCCAGAAAGUCAGAUUGAUAAGGAAUUGGCAAGUGGUGAAUACUUCUUGAAAGAAAGCCAGAAGAAACGAAAGCGGGUAGAAGAGAUAAAGGCAAAACAAGCAGAUGCAAUCAAAAAAAGACAAGAAGAAAGAAAUAAAGCUUUUAUCCCACCUAAGGAAAAGCCAGUUGUGAAAGCAAAGAAAGCCUCCACUGAGAAAAAAAUUGAUAUUGAAGCCAUCAAGGAAAAAGUGAAAAACGCAAAGAAGAAGAAACUAGGAGCACUUCCAGUAGAGGAAGUCAAACUAAAGAUUGCAGCAGAUGAAAAGAAAAAAAAGAAAAAGAAAUAAUUCAUCACCCAAGACAUUCACUGUUCUCCUACGUUAAGAAACACUUUCAUACUUGGGAGAUUUGAGACUUAAAGUUUAACCACAUAUUGAUGUCAGUAUAAUGUACGCAAGAAAAGACAAGAUAGAGAGACCAUUCUCUUAUAAGCACGCUUAGAUAAUGGACCUAAAGCAGCUAUGUAAAAUAGUCAAGGCUGGUGAAGAUGAUCUAUUCUGCCAUAUUGUCUGAGAAAAUAAGAGAGUGUUUUGAUAAUACCCAUCUUUCUAAAGGGAGAGUUUUGUAAUACAACUGUUUUAGGAGUUUGGCACAGACUGUUAAACGUCAGGUUCUGAGAACUCGAUGGGAGUCCAAGGUAAUCUUUUUUGUGAAAGGCUACCAAACCAUAAGGAGCCUCAGUUAUGGUGCAAAACAGGCAAGAUUUGUUAUUAUAUUAUGCUUUUGUUUCUGUAAAAGCUAAUUAUUUUUAUGUAUUUGUCUUGCUGUUAAUAAACUAUUUUUAAUA